GGAGCCCUGGGACCAAGUGUUACAUGCAACUCAAACCCCGUCGUCGGGGUUUUAUUGCGCGAGGAUUCUCUCUCGACUUCCGUCCAAGGGAUUGAUCACCGCUGAGUGGAGGCUUUGAAGAAAUAAAACAAGUGGAAUAACCUGAAGAGAACAGGAGUCACAAAUACAAGACAAUGACAUUUGCGAGCGUCAGAGCAGUCGCGUGAGGCAGACGAGGGCGUGAAGACGAAGAGGACCUCCGACGAUGGGGUGUGGUCAGAGGCUCGCCGCAUUUCUCCUGGACUCUUCGGUCGCCUCCAUCUCUCGGCAGGAGGGUCAACCUUGAAACGGAAGCGGCUCGUUUCCCCCUGCCGGAGGAUCUCCGCCAAACGGUGAUGUGAUGAAUAAGUUUGAAGUCCUUGGCAUUGUGGGUGAAGGCGCAUAUGGAGUGGUGCUCAAGUGCAGACAUAAGGAAACCAAUGAGCUGGUGGCUAUCAAGAAGUUCAAAGACAGCGAAGAAAAUGAGGAGGUUAAGGAGACGACCCUCCGGGAGCUGAAGAUGCUUCGCACGCUGAAGCAGGACAACAUCGUUGAGCUGAAGGAAGCCUUUCGCCGCAGGGGGAAGCUCUACCUCGUCUUUGAAUACGUAGAGAGGAACAUGCUGGAGCUGUUGGAGGAACUUCCUAAUGGUGCAGCGCCAGAUAAAGUGCGAAGUUACAUCUACCAGCUUAUCAAGGCCAUCAACUGGUGUCACAAGAAUGAGAUCGUGCACAGAGAUAUCAAACCAGAGAACCUGCUCAUCAGCUCCGAGGAUGUCCUCAAGCUCUGUGACUUUGGUUUUGCUCGUAACCUGUCUGAAGGCACCGACGCCAACUACACCGAGUACGUGGCCACGAGGUGGUACCGUUCACCUGAGCUGCUGCUCGGGGCUCCUUAUGGCAAGGCGGUGGACAUGUGGUCAGUGGGGUGCAUCCUCGGGGAGCUGAGUGACGGGCAGCCCUUGUUUCCAGGCGAAAGCGAGAUUGAUCAGUUAUUCACUAUUCAGAAGGUCCUUGGACCGCUUCCUGCUGAGCAGAUGAAACUCUUCUACAACAACCCUCGGUUUCACGGAAUCAGGUUUCCCUCAGUUACUCAUCCUCAGACAUUGGAGAGAAGGUACCAAGGCAUUUUAAGCGGCUUGAUGUUGGAUCUUAUGAAGAACCUGCUGCUUCUCAACCCUACCGAGCGCUAUCUGACUGAGCAGAGUCUGAAUCAUCCAGCCUUCCAGCCUCUGAGGCAGGUGGAGAGAGAGAGGCCUUCGCCUGCCUCGCCCAACCCUCCACGCUCCUCCAAGAGGAAAACACACCAUCAUGGAGAGAACACAGUCCCUACAAGGAGUCACACCAAAAGCUCAAGCCAACGGCGCUCCAACAGCAAAGAAUGUUCAAGUCUCCCACGUCAUGGAGACCUCCAUCACCUCGGCAACGAGAAUUUCCUGAAUGGUAACAAACCCCCGUCGAGUUUAAGUCCGACACUUCAUCCCAAGAGUCAGUACCUGUCCCAGACCCUCAAUCGCUCUGCCUCGUCCAGCAAAGAUCUAGUGAAUAACAACCUGCCGCACCUCCUCAGUCCCAAAGAAGUCAAAAACAAAUCUGAGUUUGAUUUCAAUUUGGGACCCUCGCCCAAGUUGCCAGACCAAGGACACGGUGCAAAGUAUGGCCCCAGCAAGCCCAGCGGCUCCUCUCGCUCUCAGCAGCAGCAGCAGCAACAACAACAACAACAGCAGCAAGGUGGGCGCCACACCUUCUUGGAAAGCAAGACCAACACCAUGCAGUCAGGAGGAGACAAACAACACGGCAGACACUCCCACAGCGUGGCCGACUCAGCCCACGGAUCCAUGUCGUCGUCCUCCAAAAGCUCAGCCUCUUAUCUCAGCCUGUCCAAAAGCCACAGCGCUCUGAGCGAUGCCAAAUCCGUAGGGAACCUCAGCGACGGUCGACUUCACCCUGAUGACCCAAACUCCAAUACAACAGCAGCGGCGGGGCCCAGCGCCCGUUUCUUCCCUACGAGCUGUCUAGACCUCAACGCCCCCUCAGCGGCCCAGGGGCCACCCGGCAGCCCCUCGGCACGACACAGUGAUCACUCCGGGCACAGCCCCGCAUCCCGUAGCAGCAGCAAUGUCCGCAUGGAGAGCAGUACACUCGACUCCUCCUCCAGGCACAAGUCUAGACAAAAAUAUCUGGCUCCAGAGGAGGCGAAAGCUCCAGAGCUCUUAGACCCAGGGGGCGCAGGGAUGCCCUCCACCCACACGCUGCCCUCCCCGCAUGAUUCGUACCAUUAUGGCCUGGGUUACUCGUCCCCCUUCUCCUCUCAGCAACGGCCUCAACGCCACUCCAUGUACGUGAGGAGAGAGCGCCACCGACCUCAUGCCGUAGAAGCCGUGAUGGCGGGCUUGCCCACUCCGAGUCAGGCGAUACCAACGCGAGCCUCUAGUCUGCAGCUCCUUUCUCCGCAACUGCAGCACAGGACUACCCUCACCGGACACUCAGUGAGCUCCUCCAGGGAGGACUGCACGGAUGGCAUGAGCAGGAGUGAGCAGCCCCCUAAAGACAUGAGCCACCCUUGUGCCCCCAUCAAAGAUUCCACGAGGGACAACACUGCUGCUUUUCAUACUCAGCGACCGCCUAAAAAUGAGGUCGGUAUGUACCAUGACCCUCAUGGAGAGGAUGGAGUGUCCUCCAAAGAGAACCGGAUGAUCUUCACUGAGUCCAUGCCUCGAAGAGUUGGCAGCUUUUACAGAGUACCGUCCCCCAGACCGGAUAACUCCUCGUCUUUCCAUGAUGGUGUCGGGCAGGGUCGAGGACCAGUCGUACCCGUUGUCCCUGGCAACCCUGUUUCCAUGGCCAACCACUCCAAACGCCAGACUGCCUUUGACUGGAGCGCUGCAGAAGCAAUGGUGAUGAAUCCUCCAGAGCCCGCCAAAGAGAAGGAAAAACAAGGCUUCUUCAGAGCCAUUAAAAAGAAAAAGAAGAAGGCACAAAUAACAGACAUGGCAGACGGGAGGAACCCCAGUAUCAGGAAAAGCCUUUUCCCUCUCUUCAGCUCCAAGAACAGCUUAAAGCACAACGCAGCUGUCAAAGUCCUUCCGGUGGUGCCCUCACCUAUGCUACAACAGCAGGCUCCUCCACCACCAUAUCCUGCUACAACAGGACCUGGGAAUGCUCCAGAGCAUUUGUCCCUGCAGAGGGGCACCAAGUCAUCCUCGCACCACGGAAGCCGCCGGAAAAACCGAGAGCGAUCCCGAGACAGAGACCGGGAACGGGAGCAGAGUCGAGAACGAGACAGGGACAGAGAGAGGGAAAGAGGAAGGGAGAGAGUGACUGAGUGGCCAACAGAAAAAACAGUGGACUCACACACUCAGAGCCAACCGCUGAAGUCCCUUCGCAGGCUCCUUCACCUCUCCCCUUCUCCAAACCAACGCCCCCCUCCUCCUCCUCCUCCUCCUCCUCCUCCUCCUCCUCCCGCAGACCUGCGCUUCCAGCCCCCUCUCCCCAACCCCCCUCAGCCCUCCUCCAAAGCCGUCUACCCCGAGGGCCGAGGGCACGCCGAGAGCCGGGGCCACUCGGGGGCGAGCGGCUCGUCCCAGGCCAAGAGCCGCAAGGCCAGCUACCCGCUCCCGGGCCAGCUGGAGUCCGCCUGGCACGUGUCGGCCUUGCAGCGGGCCGAGGGCGCGCAGUUCGCGGCCGAACAGCUGGGCAUCAAACCGGGGCAAAACGGACCCAUCUUUACCCGUGCCUCCCGCGCCAGAAUGCCAAACCUCAAUGACCUGAAGGAGACGGCGCUCUAAAGGCCCACCUCAAACCGUACCACCUCCGCUACGGCUCAUCGGGGACCCGACCGCCGGAUGGACGAGGGCGCCGUCUGACUUUAGUUGCAGUUUACAUGAAAGCUUCUUGCACUCAUCCCGCCUGGUGACCUGUGACGAACACCUGAUGUGGACACGCCACAAACGAGCACUUGCAAGGGGGCCCAGCCUUUGGAAAGCAGUUUGAACAUUUAGUCGAUCGUCUUGAUAUCCAGUAUAAGGUUCAUGUACUAGUACUCUCCUUCUUCUCAGUAGUAAUUGUCUUACUACUGAGAAGCACACUAGUAGAACGACUAGGGCCCACGACCAGAACAUCUGUGUCUUACUAGUCAUGUUUUUUUCCACUACUGUACAUUACCGCACCAGCAUGGCAACUACCCCCACAUGUUGCUGGCGGCCAAACUGCUAGUUGGUAUUUUGCUGCUAUUAGUACUACAACUGAAACGCUAGAAAUGUAGAAUGUCAAAAGUAGUGCUAGUACCUCACCAGUGUCCACUACUGCAAGGUUUUAACUCACUAGUAACAUGUUGUUGUCCUACUAGUGAGGACCAAGAGCAAACUAGUACAUGGACCUCAAGCUGAAUAUCAAGGAAGCAUUUAUUUUAUAUCCUUGUUAUCCAGCUUUGUCCUGACUAGUAAGAUAAAUCAGCGUGAGCCAUGUUACUAGUGGGGCCUCGAAGAACAACGGUGUCUUACUAGUAAUCUUUUCUUUUCCACUAUUGUAUGACUAGUGAGGCAAAACUACUGAUGGGCAUUUUGCUACCAGUAGAGUCCAGGACGCUAAUAGUGUGUGACGCAUGCCUACUUGUUGGGCCUAGUAGUGUUACUCGUGCAGCACAGUAGUUUAGUAGUAAGGUUUGAAUGUGCACUCGUAGGCCAAAAGUGUCUUUCAUCGUGGGAAGAAAAAUAAGAAUUUAAGUAGGACACAUUUCUGCAAGUGUGCUGAAUUGUCUUGCAAGUGAGGACAAAGAGCGUACUGGUACAUGGAUCUGAAGCUGGAUAUCUAGCACAUGGAAUAAAUGCUUAAACUGCUUUCCUAGGCCCCCCCCCCCCCCCCAUCCCCCCUGGAGGAGUAGAAAGUGCUUCUGCUGCCAUCUAGUGGUCACGAAACACAACUGCAGCACAUCUGACCACUGCGCUCAUCCUGGUGGCCAAGGCAGCAAAAUGUUUUUCAAAUAUUUGAUAAGAGAGAGAGAGACAAAAUGGUUUAUAUCAACAUCAUUUAUUCUUAUUUGUUUUAAAUCUGAGGAUAUAAAAUAAAGCUAUAUCCCCAAUAAGCUCUAUUAUAAGGAUAUAUAGAAUUAAAUGUGCAAUUACAAGAGUUUUAGUUUGACACAGAGACGAAAAGACGUGUUGACAAUACAAUAUGUCACAAAGAUGAUUUAAUAGUGAAUGUCCUUUUUGCUUAAUUUGAUAUUGUAUCAGCAGAUUUUCACAUUUUUUUCCCACUUUUUUUGUUCCUUACCUAGAGACAGACGAUAAUGAUUACCCUAUGUGGGGAAAAAAGAAGAAAAAAAAUGUUGUCUUCGAGAUCUCAUUCAAGAAUAUACGCGUCCAGCAGUAAAAAGCAUUUCGGGGCUGUUCGUCCACAUGUUGACAGCAGAUCUCCUCUUCCUUGCUGCUAUGGUGACUUUUGGUCUCAAGAAAUUGUUUUUGUGAAAAGUGAGCAUCUUGGAAUGAGGAUAAAAUGUGGAGUGUAACUUUUAAGGUCUUUUCACGGAAUAAUCUGAUGAUCAUUGGUGAACUAAACCCGCAGUCAAAAGACUACAAACAAUAAUCAUUGAUCUCAACCUCAAUCUGGCUUCCAGUGGCUAGCUAGUAACCACCGUAGUAAUACUCGCAUUCAUGUCGGUGUCGUUAUGAUGUAUCCUGAGUACAACACCACGGAUGCAUUUUUUGCCCCUGACCUCUGAAAAGCUUGGAUUUGUUUUCAAUGACUUGGCUGCGCUAUUCACAUUCGGAGAAUGGAUAUGUAAAGUCUACACACCCCUGUUCAAAUGUCAGGUUUUCGUGAUAUGGAAAAUGAGAGCAUUAAUGUGACCUAUAACCUGUACAUCUCAGUUGGAGAAAAAUACAUCUUUUUUUGAGAGGGAUAGAGAUCAUUUGUUUGCACAAGUGUGCACACCCUCUUAUAAACGGGGAUCUGGCUGAGUUGAGAAUUAACCAAUCACAUUCAAAGCCGUGUUAAAUGAGAGUCAGCGCACACCUGUCACCACUAAAAAAGAUUGAGCUGUUUUAGUAAGCUUUUUCUGACUUGUAUUUUCAAACUGUUCAUAAUAACUGUCCCAGUUACAACUUCCAACUGAACAUAAACAAGCCCGUAGCUUGAUGCUUUAAUAGAUGUCAUACAUAUUAAUAGCAGAAAAAGCUUUUAAAAUUAUCUUGGUCUCAUCAUCACAGAAAAAAAAAAAACCUGGCAAUUGAACACGGGUGUGUAGACUUUUUAUAUCCACUGAAGAGAAAAAGAUCUGUCUAAAAAGGGGAAUGCAAUCAAAAUAGUAAACUACUAUAUCUAGAUACUUUGCUGAUUGAAAGCAAUCAAAUUAAUUGACACAAUUUCUUGACUGAUGUAGUAACUCACCAAAUCAGUGUAAUUGGAGCCUAAUACAGUCAAGAGGGAGACUGAUUAAGAGUGCACAUUUAAUAUCCGACUAUCCUUGAGCUGCCUCGUGCUGUAGUUAUGAAUAAUGCGGAUUGCAUUUGGUUUGUUUACAUCUUCACUAGAAACAGUGUUGACAUAGUUUGCCUUGCCUGUGACCUGAAGCCUUACAUUCGCUUACUGAGAUGCAAACAGAGGCUUUAGUUCAACCCCCCCUUCAAAGCCCCAACACUUCACAUACAUUCGCGGUUUCUUUCUGCUCUGAACUAUGAAUGUGUUUCCGAGAACAGCAGUUCUUUGUUUUCAUUACACAGAUGCCCACUUCUUACAACGUGUAAAUAGAAAUAAUAGUGUAUCUAUGCUGAUCAGUCUACACAUAA